UAUAUUAAACUUUUUGAAGGGGACAUAUUAGAUGAUGUGGAACCAAAGAUAACUACAUUAGGUCUUAAGUGUGAAUGUGUUGGAGGGGGUCGUAUAAGACACAAAUCUGAAGAGAAAAAAAUUGAUGUAUAUGGAUAUUCACAGGGAUAUGGAAAAGCAGAUCAUAACAUAACCUGUGAAAUCCUGAAGAGAAAAUAUCCCGACUAUAAAAUUACCAUAACGAAUGAAGGAUAUUAAAUUUAUUUAUAAUGUUACCUAACAUAGCAUUCAUCUGAAGUGGACAGUUUUGUAUUUUUUUUUUAACCAUGAUGUAAUAAAACAACUCUGAUUACCUUUCAA